CGAAACCCUAAACCCAAAAUCGAAUCCUCUUUCUCAAGCGUUUAGGGCCGUUCCCUCCCUCUCAUCGGAAGGAAGCUUCGUGGGGCGUUUGCUGCUCAGUCUCUCCGUUUCCCCGUACCAUCGGAGGACGAAAUGGCAUAGACAGUCGAUUUUGGUCGACGGUGGACGACAGUCGACACUCUUUCGGGUGUUCCAUCCAUUUCGAUCGAUUCGAUUGAACCUGCUUUUUUCUCCUUGGUUGCUCCGUUGCCUUCCUCGCUCACGCCGCUGCCAUCUCCCGCUCUCCUUGCUCUAAUCUCAUUUCUCUCUCUGUAUCCAAACUCGUUGACUUGGCUGUUGUGGCGCCUCCGCGACGCAUUUCCUCUUAAAGGCGUCUGCCACUGCUCCAUUCAAAGGAAACUCCCUCUCCUAGCUCCAUCCUCCCGUUCACCAUCACUUGUCCUGCAGCCUCGUUCCCUCUGGUUAUUUUUACUUUCCUGCUUCCGUUGCCUGUUACCUUCGCUCAGUAGUUAUUAUUAUUAUUAUUUUUUUCUGUGAUUUCAUUGGGCGUUGUUCUGUCCGAGCAUUUCUUGCUCUGUGUAUCUUAGGAUAUUCCUCAAUUUCUAUGGUUUAACUCUUCCAUCUUUCAAAUCUCCAGCUUUCUCCUCAACUUCCAGUCUUCCUGUUGAAGAGUAGCUCCUGAGUUCGUUAACAUUUUCGACUGCCAGGAGCUUAAGGAAAACAGAAAGCGGAAGGGUUGUACUUGCUAGGUUAGGAAAUGGAACCGGAUGUUUUGGAUGAUAUUAUUCGGCGGCUUUUAGAUGUUCGCAGUAGACCUGGGAAGCAGGUCCAGUUAUCCGAGGCGGAAAUCAGGCAACUCUGCGGGGCAUCUCGAGAGAUCUUUUUGCAACAACCCAAUUUGUUAGAGCUUGAAGCACCCAUCAAGAUUUGUGGUGAUAUCCAUGGUCAAUAUUCUGAUCUUCUUAGGCUAUUUGAAUAUGGCGGAUUACCUCCACAUGCAAACUACUUAUUUUUGGGUGAUUAUGUUGAUCGAGGCAAGCAAAGUCUUGAGACAAUAUGUCUUCUACUUGCAUAUAAGAUAAAGUAUCCAGAGAACUUUUUUCUCUUGAGAGGAAACCAUGAGUCUGCUUCUAUUAAUCGUAUAUAUGGUUUCUUCGAUGAGUGUAAAAGGAGGUUUAAUGUCAGAAUUUGGAAGACAUUCACAGAUUGCUUUAACUGUCUCCCAGUGGCUGCUCUAGUUGAUGAGAAAAUUCUCUGCAUGCAUGGUGGCCUUUCCCCAGAUUUGCAUAAUUUGGAUCAAAUCAGAAACUUGGCUCGCCCAACUGAUAUACCAGACACAGGUUUGCUCUGUGAUCUGCUGUGGUCUGAUCCUAGCAAAGACGUUCAGGGUUGGGGUAUGAAUGACAGGGGAGUUUCAUUUACUUUUGGUCCUGAUAAGGUGGCAGAGUUCCUUCAGAAGCAUGAUUUGGAUCUGAUAUGUCGCGCUCACCAGGUUGUGGAGGAUGGAUACGAGUUCUUUGCCAACAGACAGCUUCUAACCAUAUUUUCUGCUCCUAAUUAUUGUGGAGAGUUUGAUAAUGCCGGUGCCAUGAUGAGUGUUGAUGAGACACUUAUGUGCUCAUUUCAAGUAUUAAAACCUGCUGACAAAAAGUCAAAGUUUAACUUUGGCUAAUGCACACGCUACCAGUGUUUAAGAAAGUCCAGCACCAAAAGUAUGACGAUAAACCAUCGGAUUUACUAUUGGCGAUGGGAAUUGGGUGAGUGUUUAAGAAUGAGCAAGAUGCAACCCAAUGGGAAGGUUAAAGGUGCUUUGAGCUCAUUAUUGGAGGAGGAAAGGGUGGAAUUGGAAAAUGAGCAAGGGACUAGAAGAGCGGCCAUAAAAGAUCCAUAUGCUUUGCUGAUGUAAGAAGGCUUGAGUUUGAAGGUGGAAAUGCUGUGAAGCCGGUGAAGCUGACAUUGGAGUUACUUGAUUGCUUCCCCAUAAUUCAUCUUGUAUUAAUUCCACAACAAGAGUUAACUCGGAGUUACUUGAUUGCUUCCCCAUAAUUCUUCUUGUUUUAAUUCGACAACAGGACUGUUAAGUCGUAUCUUUCCGCUAAUUUCGUGUUAUAUCCCAAUUUGAAACUGAAAUAGGAAACGUUAAUGUCCAUUGAUGCUCCAUGUGGUGGUGUUAUUCUCGUGAAGUAGGUAGGUUUAUAUGAG